ACGGCCGCGAUGUCUUCGCCAGAACGACAAGAACUCAUUCGCAAUGCUGUCUCCUUUCUCGCGGACCCAAAGACCCAAUCAUCACCACUUGCGCAACGCAUUCAAUUUCUCGAAGCAAAGGGAUUAACUCCUCCUGAGAUUGAGGAAGCUAUCAGGCUAGCAGGUAGCAAUCAAUCUGCACAUUCAAUACCAGUGCAACAGUAUGGUCCAAAUCCUUAUGCACCAGUAUACGGCCCAUUACCCCAACCAUGGGACUGGAGGGAUUACUUCAUAACCUCUAUCGUUACCGGUGCUGUCGCCUAUGGCGCUGUGUCACUAUUCCGAAAAUACGUUCUUCCUCACAUGCGACCUCCGUCUGCUACAGCAUAUGAAGCGGAUCGUGAUGCACUAACCGCUCAGUUUGAUGCUGCUGAAGCUUUGCUGAAGGAAAUCCAGGAGGAGACAGCAGCCGUCCGGGCUGCUGUAGAAGAGCAGAAAGCUAAGGUGGACGCUGCGACGGAAGAAGUCGCAGAGGUGGUGAAGGACAUGAAGGAAGGGGAGGCACGUACGAGAGAUGAAAUGCGGGAAAUUCGUCAAGAGGUCGAUAAUGUCCGUGACAUGCUACCGAAGCUUAUUGAGAAGAAUAAAGAGAGCCAAUCGCAAUCCAUGGCAGAGUUGCAACAAGAACUAAAAUCUUUGAAAGCGUUGCUGCUGAGUCGUGGGCCAAGUAUUUCUAGUGGAGUGUCUACACCCGUGCUUCCCAAACCUUCAAUUCCAGCAUGGCAGCUCUCUGGUGCCAGUGCUAGUGCACCAUCCACAUCGCCUUCUCCGAUUGCUCCUCCACCCACAAUUGUGGUCCCGAAUGGGAAGGGGAAGGAAGUUGAUGUUGGCGAUUCAGGUAGCUCAUCUUCAUCUUGAGCCCCUGUGCCCAUGUAUGUGUUAUAAUAUAUACCAUAUGAACUGGAUUGUUUGUACUCCACUUAAACUUCUCCGUGGAAAUCCUGUCGUUUACUUCCCGCGUACUUGAUCGAGUUUCUAUUAUGAGCGCGUGCGGAGGCUGAGGUGAGCUAGCUCACAGCAUUCAUUCUCACUCUCCUUGGCUACCUCGUGUCAUCACAUACACCCCUCACUCUUUACUACGUCUUCUGCUUUGUCUACAUACCCCUAAACUUGUAAUAUGUUCACACAAUGGCGACAAGCGGUU